AUUCAUAUUCGCACUCACACCGGCGCAAAGCCAUACCAGUGUAAAGUCUGCGACAAAGCCUUCCAUUCAAGAAGCAUUCUGGCAGAACAUUCGAAAAUUCACAAUAAGAAGCACCAGUGUUAUCAUUGUGCAGCAAUAUUCACAAAUUCAUAUGACCUAACGAUUCAUAUUCGCACUCACACCGGCGAAAAGCCAUACCAGUGUAAAGUCUGCGACAAAGCCUUCCAUUCAGCAGGCUAUCUGGCAGAACAUUCGAAAAUUCACAAUAAGGACCAACAGUAUCAGUGUCCGCAUUGUUCAUCAAUGUUCGCACACUCAUCUAACCUACAGAAACAUAUCCGCACUCACACUGGCGAAAAGCCCUACAAGUGUAAAGUCUGUGACAAAGCGUUCAGCCAAUCAAGCGAUCUAUUAAAGAUUCACAUUCGCACUCACACCGGUGAAAGGCCGUACAAGUGUAAAGUCUGUGACAAAGCCUUCCAUUCAAAAAACAUUCUGGCAGAACAUUCGAAAAUUCACAAUAAGGACCAACAGCAUCAGUGUCCGCAUUGUUCAUCAACGUUCGCGCAGUCAGCUGCCCUAAAGAUUCAUAUUCGCACUCACACCGGCGAAAAGCCAUACCAGUGUAAAGUCUGUGACAAAGCCUUCCAUUCAAGAAGCAUUCUGGCAGAACAUUCGAAAAUUCACAAUAAGGAGCACCAGUGUCAUCAUUGUGCAGCAAUGUUCACAAAGUCACAUGCCCUAACGAUUCAUAUUCGCACUCACACCGGCGAAAAGCCAUAUCAGUGUAAAGUCUGCGACAAAGCCUUCCAUUCAGCAGGCUAUCUGGCAGAACAUUCGAAAAUUCACAAUAAGGACCAACAGUAUCAGUGUCCGCAUUGUUCAUCAAUGUUCGCACACUCAUCUAACCUACAGAAUCAUAUCCGCACUCACACUGGCGAAAAGCCCUACAAGUGUAAAGUCUGUGACAAAGCGUGCAGCCAAUCAAGCGAUCUAGUACGUCACUCCAAAAUACACAAUAGGGACCAAUAUCAUCAGUGUCCGCAUUGUUCAUCAAUGUUCGCGCAUUUAUCUAGCCUAAAGAUUCAUAUCCGCACUCACACCGGCGAAAAGCCAUAUCAGUGUAAAGUCUGCGACAAAGCCUUCCAUUCACCACGCAAUCUGAGACAACAUUCGAAAUUUCACAAUGAGGACCAACUGCAUCAGUGUCCUCACUGUUCAUCAAGGUUCGCACAGCGAUCUAAGCUAAAGAUUCAUAUCCGCACUCACACUGGCGAAAAGCCAUACAAGUGUAAAGUCUGUGCCAAAGCGUUCAGCCAAUCAGGCAAUCUGGCAGGACAUUUGAAAAUUCACACGAAGGGUAAAACUCAUUAAUCAUUUCAUUUGUUCAUUCAAGUUUGGGUUAGAAUAAGUUUGAAUUUUGUAUCUUUGAAUACUAAAAUGUAUGAAUUCGACGAUAGCAGUUAGCGAAAGUUCACAAUCAGCAACGAUCAGCCCAAUAAAAUAUAUUUUUCAUAGAAACUGGGUUUUAUAUAGAAUAAAAAUCCUUUAAAGCAACGGCCCAAGAAGACUGUUCUGCCGUACUCAUGACAUGAUCAGUUUAUCGGAUACGGAUACGGAUACAAGGCGUGUUUCCGUGUGUAAUCAUCGCACACACACUGAUACGUCCGCCCUGUUAUCGACGGGACAAAGGGAUGAAGUAAAACAACUGUACGAGAUUUAUAUAGAAAGUUAAGAUUUGAUGGAACCGUUAGAGACUACCCGCGUUGGGAACGUGACUGUUUCUCGUAAACAUCGUCUAGGCCAACGCAGAGCACCUGGUUGUUAAAUGUUAAAUACCACGAAAGUCGGUUAGGAAGAAUCCGAAAAGUCCCUCCUAGGGUAACCGUAUUUUACGACGGUUAGCGAAGGAUAAGAGGAAAGGAAUAGCGAUAACGCUGCGGGGGCUAGCAUAGACAGCGUAAUGCACUUGCUUGAUGCAACCGUAUCAUGCAUUCUAGGAAACCAUA